UAAGUGGGGUCCGGGCAGGUGCAGGGCGCAGGGAGCCCUGCCUUACUCUGGAACCAGGCCCGGGGCUCCCUCCGAGUAAUCCCUGGCAUGGGGGAGGGGGAGAAAAGUGAGAUUUGUGAGUUCACAACUUGUGAAUACACGGCCAGCUCUUAAAGCAAAAGGGGAAAUAAAACCCAUGAGUGUUCGUCGGGACGGGGCUGAUAGUGACAGUGCCAUAAAAGGCAACCAGACUGGUGACGUGGCUUCUGAGCAGGGCAUUAUCGCCCGUGGACAACACAGGACAACAACAUUCUGUGGACUGGCUGAGUGGCUCAAGUGUGCAAAUCCGUGCAAGGGUCGGCCCCGUGUCUCACGCUGCACGGGGCGGCGGGCUGCAGCCACGGCUCGGCCAAGGGCAUGCCGGACACCGCGCUGACCGUGUGCUCCCGCGUGCCGUCGGAGGACCGCUAGAGACAGGACCGAUGGCAUGGCGCCCGCGUUGCUGGUCCUUUUGGGGACCGUGGCGACCCUUCGAGCAGACACGCUUCCUGACGAUUUUUUGCUUCUCCCGCCUGUCAAUUUCACCAUUAAAGUGACCAGUUUGGCCCAAGUCCUCCUACGCUGGAAACCGCACCCAGACCAGGAGCAAAGGGGCGCACGGCUGGGGUACCACCUGAGGAUCCACGCCCCCCAGGACGAUGACUAUGAAAUCAAGUACACCGUACGCAAGUACGAGGCCGUCCUCCACCGCGGCUUCUCGGCCAGCGUGCGGACCAUCCUGUGGGAGCGCCGCCCCUCCCCCGCCAGCCGCUGGGUCUCGGCCGAGCUGAAAGCCCCGCCAGGGUCUCCCGGAACCUCAGCUGUGAAUUUAACUUGCACCACGAACACCGCGGCAAACAGCCACACCGAGUCCAGGCCCUACCGGGUUUCUCUCCACUGCGGCUGGCGCGCUGGCAAGGAGGCCCCCCCGGACACGCAGUAUUUCCUCUACUACAGGUACGGCUCUUGGACAGAAGAGUGCCGAGAAUACAGCCAGGACGCGCUGGAGAGGAACGUGGCGUGCUGGUUUCCGACGACCUCCAUUGACGGCAAAGGGCAGGGCGCACUGGCCGUGCGCAUCAACGGCUCCAGCCCGAGCGCCGCCAUCAGGCCCUAUGAUCGGCUGUUUGCCCUGCACGAGAUUGACCGAGUGAACCCUCCGGGGAACGUCACCGCGGAGAUGGAAGGGACCCGCCUGUCCAUCCGCUGGGAGAAGCCCAUUUCCGCCUUCCCAGACCACUGCUGGGACUACGAAGUGAGAAUUUACAGCGCAAGGAAGGACUACGUGCAGCUAGAAAACACCACGGCCACCACGUUCAACACCACAGUCAGCGACGUUUCUAAGUACUGCGUCGUGGUGAGAGCCGCCGUGAGCUUCACGUGCAGAGAGCCGGGGGCCUGGAGUGCCUGGAGCCAGCCCAUCUGGACGGGAAAGGAUGAGCAGAAGCCCUGGACCGAGUGGCUCCUGGUCCCGCUCUCGGCAGCCCUCUGCGCCGCGCUGGUCUGCUCGCUCGGCCGCAGGACCCUGUCCGAGGUGAGCAUGGCCCUAACGGAGGCUGAGAAACACUCGCUGUGGUUCACGGGCCCCGACACCCGGACAGAGCGUGGACCUAAGGCCCCCCUCCCCCGUUGCUCUGUUUUUAGGGGUCAGGUAUGCACCAAGCUGUUCCCACCAGUUCCAGGCCCAAAGAGUGACAUCAGAGAUCUCAUGGCCUCCGUGAACUAUGAGAAAACCGGUUCGGGCGAAACGGAAAGCGAGGUGGUCAGCUACGUGGACGAGGGCCCCGAGGCCCUGGAAGACUUGGUGUUCUGAUCAUGUGUGGGCGCACGCACCUGCCCCGGGAGAGAAGGGCCAGAGGAGACCAGAACUCACAGCCUCGCACGGUCGCGGCCGCACAGCCAGACGCAGCUCUUAAAACUGUGGGGGCUGCACUCAGACCUCCUCCCGCCCUCGGGGGCCCAGCGGGUGAAGAGGACCCUCUGUGGGUGGAAUCAAGAAACCUCAGGCGCGCUAACUGGUUGGAGGGGAGCCGGGUCUCCGGAGGAGAGAGCAGAACCCAAAACGCCCUCCGGAGGCUCCCAAGGGGGGCGGACUGUUCCCGAGUCCAGCCCACGGGUCAGGUUCCGGGGCACGGGCCUCGGAAACCGCUCCGUCCUGUUCGAACAACACGCUGCACUAAAAGACAGUCUUGUUUUCCCCAUACCCGGUUCGGGUAAUAGAUGCGAAUUGGAUGGAUGCGGGUGAAAUGACGAAUGUUAAUAGGAGCGGCCGGGCGCCUUCCAUGUCUGCACGCUGAACAGCUCGUUUCUCACCCCUCUCAACUACCCCCCGCCCGCUCCACUCGCGUCCUUGUCUCUCGGCCAGGACCUCCCAGCAGCCCCUCAGCUGAACCCCUCGCCUCCUGUACCCCCUUUUCUGAAGCAUCUGUAAAAGGCACGCGCGCCGGUCACCCCACGUCCAGAACAGAACCUUCCCUGACCUGUCUGUCACCUUCAGGUUCAAGCCCCUUUGGAAACACCGGCCCCAUUUCGAGCGCAUCAGCAGCGCCCCGACCGCCUCCCAAGGACAGGCUGUCCCCGCGCGCCCCGCCCCGCACACCUCUGUGCCCAUGGCCCGCGGGAGAGGCCUUUCACCCUCUGCAUCUCGGGGGCAGCUUACCUACCAAGUCUCCGCUCCGGUCCCGGUCCCUUCUCUUCGAGUCUGCGCCGUCACUCACUGCGUUGUUUAUGUCACUUGACAUCCUCCUCCCUUAUUUAAAGUGUAAAACACUCGGGGCUGAGAACACUGUCCCGUGGCUCUUUGUGGAUCUAACCCCCGAGUAGGAGCUGGUUGACCUCGCCCGGGCGGUGAAAACGAGGGUGAGUUUCUUAAAUGGGCACCGGACUGGACAGACCCAGCGCGGGCCGGAAGAGCAGGGUGCGGGUGGCGGACCCACUCACCAGCACUGGGAGGAGAGCAGAGGCUCCGCUCCGGCCCCGGCAGCCCCUGGGCUCAGUAGGUCCCCGCCCACGUGUGCGACAGUCAGUUCUCGCGAGUCUUCACCGCCAACGCUGGUUGCGCGUUAUCUCCUAACCGUGAGAAGCAAAGACGCGCCCCUUCCCGGGGAGCAAGGGAAGGAGCGUUAAGCUGGUGAUGGUGGUUGGGGAAUUGCUGGGAAGAACUCAACAGAGAAGUACUGGGGUCAUAGUUCAAGGUCGGCAAGCUUCUUAAAGGGUU